AUGGACAACACUCCCAGUGAGGUGGUGUUUUCCGCCAAUCCGUCAUCAACCGAAUCGGUCGUGUUUCAAUACACCAAUGGCCCGAUCAAGGUGGCGCCGCGAAGGAGAGGCCGCCCCGCAGGAUCAAAUAAAAGGAAACAAACUUCGAAAGGUAUUCCUAAACAUGGAGUCGCCGCCCCUCAGUUUGAAUUUAUCAAUAUUGGGGUGGGAACGACCGAUAUCACUGAAGAAACCCGUAAGAUUAUCAGAAGCCGUGCAAUGCUGAGCCAUGGAAGUCGCAACCAAAAAAGAAGGGAGAAUAACGGAGAUACGCGUGUCAGCUUGAUCUCCACGAGUGAGAGGACUUACCCUCGGCUCGUGCCUUCCCCGACAAGUCACAUGGAUCCAUUCGACACGCUUCCAAUCGUAGUUGAGCCCUAUAUGCACGAUUUGUUAUCAUACUACAUAACUGCUGCUUGGGAGACUCUGUAUUCGAUCGAGAAAAGAGGCGGCUGCAAUCCAAUCCAUGACUACUGGGCGCCUAUUGUUUGUGGAGAUGCAGCGAUGCUGCAUGUAACUUUGGGAUGUGCUACACUUCUUAUGAAAAAUGUAGAUCGGAAACGGGUGAGCCCCGUCUUUAUUAGACAUAUUGGCCAAGCUACGGACAUUAUUCAUGAGAGGCUGGCUCUUCCCGCACACACCCCUUCCGAUGAGACAUUGGUUGCCAUUGCCAGUAUGGCCGUUGCCAAGAAGGUCGUCGGACUACAUGACCAGUGGGUGUGUGACAUGCGGAUCCUGAAGGCGCUUGUCGAUCUGCGUGGGGGCUUGGACGCAUUCAAUGACAAGCCACUAGUCCAGGGCAAGAUUUAUCGUGCCGACCUAUGUGGAUCUAUAGAUGUCAUGCAAACACCUACUUUCGGGACCCGGUUCUGGCAGUUACCCAUAUCAGACUUUACAAGUUACCGCUUAGGUCGGGGUUUCCAAAUGCUGGACAGCCUGCUGCACCUGGAAGAUAUGAUCAAGACAGCCAUAUCAAAUCUGCAGAAUCUUCUAGCCGUCUUUGCGAACGUCUCUAAGAAGAGUAAUCAUGCCGAUGUCGCUAAAGUCCGCUUCUGGUUGACAUCGACUCAGUACGCACUUCUCUCCAUUCAAUACGACAUUCAGUGCGAUCCGUGGAAUCAGGCCCAGGAGACUUGCCGUCUGGCAUUAUUGCUUUCUACGCUUACUAUAUUUGAUGAAUCCCCGCCGGGCGCAUCAAGUAGCAACCUACUUGUUACACGUCUUGUUCGAUUGUUGGACGAUGACACAGUAACCAGAUGGCUCACACCUGAGUUUCGGCUCUGGGCAUUUUUCUUGGCGACAUGCAACUCUACCCGGCCCGGCUUGAAGGAGUUCUGUAUCCGUCAUGUGUCGAAAUUGGUGGCCCAGAUAGGAGUCCGGGACAAAGAAGAAUUUACCCAGCAACUUUCAGUCUUUUUGCAUGACCCCCGUGUCCAUGAGACACAUUUGUCGCCUUUGUGGAAUGAAGUAGAAUUGUUCGAUUUGGUAGAUGAAUAG